CUUAUAUUAUAGAACAGACUAAGGCUGAAUUUCAUUUAGAAAAUACAGAUUUGGCUAUUAUUUCUAAUGACCUUACUAUGAAUAGUGACAGUAGUUUCACUAAGAAAAGAAACUUAAAGUAUGCUGAUCUACAAAUAAUAUGUCAUUGGGUUUUGAAUGCUUGGAAAGAUAUUUCUGAAGGCAUUAUUGAUAAAAAAAAUUCAAAUGAAAAUUUAAAUAAUAAUGAGUUUGAUGAUAAUAGUGAAGAAGAGAUGUCUAACAAUAAUAAAGAGUUAAUAUUUGAUGAUAAUAAAAAAAUGAUGUCUGAUAAUAAUAAAGAAGUAUCUGAUAAAGAUAAUAAUAAAAAAAAAUUUGACAAAGAUAAUAAACCUAAUAAUAAUGAUUAA